CAACCGCUGACCUCCCCUGGGAGCGUCUGCUCCUCGCGUGGCUCCAGCGUCCCGGGAUCGCCCUCCAGCAUCGUGGCCAAAAUGGACAACGAGGUCCUGGGCUACAAGGACCUGGCUGCCAUCCCCAAGGACAAGGCGAUCCUGGACAUCGAGCGCCCCGACCUGAUGAUCUACGAGCCCCACUUCACCUACUCGCUGAUGGAGCACGUGGAGCUGCCCCGCAGCCGGGAGCGCUCCCUGUCUCCCAAAUCCAUCUCUCCUCCUCCGUCCCCCGAGGUGAUCCGGGAGUGGCUGGAGAGCCGGACCCCCGGCAGCACCCCGCAGCCCCCCCCCCGCCAGGCCGCCAGCACGCCCCGCAGCAGCGUCCAGCACUUCCACCGGCCCGAGACCGACACGACGGAGCUCAACAUCUACAAGAAGCCCCCGAUCUACCGGCAGAAAGGUGAGCCCA